UGGCCGCGAUAGUAACGCUCUCUCUCUCUCAGGAGGAUAACACAGAACAACAUUAACGUUAACUUAACACGGGAGCCGCUUUGGAUUUAUGACCGCCUCUACCUGCCUUCCCCGGGUGUUUGGCAUCGGGCUAUCCCAAAUUCAUUCUGUACGGUGGUCCGAGGCGGAGAGAGAAAACAUGGUCACCAUGGAUGAACUUUGCGAAAUGGAUUGUAGCGUUUUGAAAAGACUGCUAAAGGACGACAGCGCAAAAUGUCUGGUGCUGGACUGCAGGUCCUUUCUCGCGUACAGUGCCGGGCACAUCCGAGGCGCGGUGAACAUUCGCUGUAACACAAUCGUACGGAGACGGGCGAAAGGCUCUGUCAGCUUGGACCAAAUUCUAUCGGGGGACGAGGACGUCCGGAGGAGAUUAAAAUCGGGACUGUAUUCCGCAGUUAUUUUGUACGACGAGAGAACGCCAGACGCAAGCUCAGUAAAAGAGGACGGCACAAUAACACUGGUGCUCAAUGCGCUAUACAGGGAUAUCUUUGGAACAGAUAUAUACCUCCUUAAAGGAGGCUUUGACAGAUUCUUCUCUCAGUAUCCAGAGUUUUGUUUAAAAUCCAAAUCCUUGCCGUCGUCCGCACCGCUGUCCCUCUUGGACUCCAACUGCACGUCUUGCGGGACGCCACAGCACGACCAGGGAGGACCGGUGGAGAUCCUGCCGUUCCUGUUCCUCGGCAGUGCGCUGCACGCUUCCAAAAAGGACAUGCUCGACGGCAUGGGCAUCUCCGCCCUGUUGAAUGUAUCGUCGAACUGCCCCAAUCAUUUCGAGGGGGUUUACCAGUACAAGUGCAUCCCCGUCGAGGACAACCACAAGGAGGAUAUAAGCUCGUGGUUCAUCGAAGCUAUUGAGUAUAUUGACUCGGUGAAGGCGUCCAACGGGCGCGUGCUGGUGCACUGCCAGGCGGGCAUCUCCCGCUCGGCCACCAUCUGCCUGGCCUACCUGAUGAUGCGCAAGCGCGUGCGGCUGGACGAGGCCUUCGAGUUUGUCAAGCAGCGGCGCAGCGUCAUCUCCCCCAACUUCAGCUUCAUGGGCCAGCUGCUGCAGUUCGAGUCCCAGGUGUUGGCCACCAGCUGCGCUGCCGAGGUCGCCGUCGGCGUGGCCAGCCCCGGGGUCGGGGUCGGGGUCAGCACCACCUCGCUGGGCUCCAAGUCUUCCUCCUCGACGCCCGCCUCGCCCACCUUUAUCUUCAGCUUCCCCGUGUCGGUGGUGUCGGUGGCGGCGGCGGCGGCAGCGGCGCACGGGCAGCAGGGGGGGCUGUCGUCGUACCUCCAGAACCCCAUCACCACCUCGCCCAGCUGCUGAUAGCCGGGCACCGGGCCGUGGCCUUAAGAGACUAAAAUGGACACCACCCCACAUGCACAGCCAAAACACAGUGGCAAUUUCAACACUUAGAGAGUUGUUUUAACAUCUUCUAGAGUGUAUUUUGUCCCAGAGUACUCUUAUAAGUCUUGAAUUAACACUGCAUUUUUACUGUGCACCUCCCCUUUCGCCUUCCAGUACUCCCGUCCCGUCCCACACACAGACACGGACACAGACGUUUUGGUUUGGUUUCCCCCUCCCCCGCUCGUCGUUCAUAGUGGUGCGAGUUGGGAUGGGUUUCCGCCUUGAUAUUUUUUUUCAAAAAUGUGUUUGUUCGUUCUGCACUGCACUGGCUGAGGGUGUCUGAGUUGGAGAGGGUGUGAUGAGCAGAUGUAGAUAUGGUGGACCUACCUGCUCUACGUAGUUUUGUGUUUGUCUGUCAGACAACACAUCCACAUCUGGACGUCUUGCUUCUCAACCUUCCCUCAUUCAGACACCUCAGCCCUACAGAAACCCGCCCGGGCUGGGGCCGUCACAGUACGUCACACGGAAGGAGUUUUGUACACUGGACUCUGGACUCAUUGGACUUUUGAAGGAUGGAUGGAAACCCACAUGGACAUUUCAACAGUCAUUUCAGCCAGUAGUGAAUUGCGUUACAUUUUACAGUACAUGUAUAGCCAGACUUGCUGGCUAGCCUCCCCCUCUCCCUUCUCCCCUUUCCUUAGGUGGCUUCCGAACUCUGAUAUUGAUACUGCUGCUUGCCGAGAAUGAGUGAGUGAGUGUGUUUGUGAGUGAAAGAGAGAGAGAGAGAUGGGUAGAGACAGAGGGGGGUGGAGAGGAAGAGGGAUGGAAGAGAAACGAGAGAGAGAGAGAGAGAGAGAGAGAGAGAGAGAGAGAAGAUUAAUCCCCAGUGUAAGCCAGCAGUGCUCUCCACUUCCUGAGACAGUGCAGGAGGCCCCCCCUCUGCUCAGCUUUGACAGGUGCUGCACCUCCUCUCUCACUCGCUCUCUUGCGCUCUCUCUCUCUCUCGCUCUCUUGCGCACUCUCUCUCUCUCUCUCUCGCUCUUUCUUUGUCUGGGCUUCCUGUUUCCGACCGCUCUCACAUCUCCUCUCAUUUCCCCC